ACUCCAUCUAUGCAAUUAGUUUCAUAAUUAAUUAAUGUUUAAUUCUCCUAAUUAGUUACCGAACAUCUAAUUCGACCGUAUUUUAGCAACUCGUACCCAACACCACCGACUUAUAUCUACCGUACCAGCAAACUCUCUCCGCUGAGUGUCUUUGCUCCGUCCCCCUAACGGCAUACACCCACAAAUCCUGUUAAAAUGGAGCGUCGAGAUCUCUCCUCAAGUCCUCUUCUCUCUCUUCGCUCAGAUCGAAGGGCUGAUAUUCAUUGGUUAGUCCCUUGCGGACCUCCUCCAUCACCCCGCCGCCUCGCCUCCCCCUGCGCCCGGGCGCCCCGCUCAUCCGCUUCCCUCGCGGAACUCCUCCCCCACCCCGCCGCCUCGCCUUCCCCUUGCACCCGCCCACCCCCAGGCCCUGCCCGACAGCUCCGCGCCCAAAUCCGCCGCCAUCUCCCGUCAACCCCGCGCUCCAGGCCAGGCGCAUGGACACCGGUGGAGAUGGCGAGGAGAAGGAGCCGAGCAGAUGAGGGAGGGGAUUGGCGACGGGGCGGAUCUGAGGGACGAGGCAGCCGCCGCGAUGGAAGACGGUACCAGCUGGAGGCGCUGGAGCGCGCGGUGGCCGGGAACACGGUGGCGUUCCUCGAGACGGGCGCCGGGAAGACGCUCAUCGCGGUGCUGCUCCUCCGCGCCUACGCGCACCGCAUCUGCUCCGCCCUGCUUCGCCGUCUUCCUCGUCCCCACUGUCGUGCUCGUGGGCCAGCAGGCGCUGGUGAUCAAGGACCCCACGGACCUCCGCGUGGAACAGUUCUACGGCGAGAUGGGGGUUGGCUACUGGGACGCCGACACCUGGCGCCGCACCGUCGACGGGGCCGAGGUGCUCGUCAUGACGCCGCAGAUCCUCCUCGACGAUCUCCGCCACUGCUUCUUCACGCUGCGGGACAUCGCGCUCCUCAUCUUCGACGAGUGCCACCAUGCCCACGGGAACCCCCCUACGCCAACAUUCUUAAGGUCACUCGAAAGGUGGAAGCUCUCUUUGCUAUUUUUGGUCUGCGACCCACGUGCUUUUGAAACUUUACGAGGGGUGUUGGGAUCUUUAGUCCCGACUGGACUAAAAUUCAUGUCACAUCAAAUAUUGGGAGGUUAAUUAUCGAAUAUUGAGGAUUAAUUAGGAGAAUUAAAUAUGAGCUAAUUAUAAAACUAAUUAGACAGGUGGAGGCUAAUUCCCGAGACGAAUCUAUUAAGCCUAAUUAAUCCAUCAUUAGCACAUGUUUACUGUAACACCACAUUGUCAAAUAAUGGACUAAUUAGACUUAAUAGAUUCGUCUCGCAAAUUAGCUUCCAUCUGUGCAAUUAAUUUUAUAAUUAGUCUAUCUCGUGAUAGAAAUUUUAGGAGAUCGUGAAGAAACAAACGGAGCCUUAAUCUGCUUUUGAAAUCGCAAGCUUUAAGGCUCCUUUUGCCACUUGUAUCAAUUCGGGAGGUCUAAUGUUUGCCUGCAUCUAGGAUAUAUUUGAUGGCAGUAGUACAGUGAGCUUGGUCCUUUUGUAUGACUAACUCUACAUUAAUGGAGCAACUCCCGAAACCAAAUGUCAAAUGACUUUGCAUUUCUUUACUCUCUAUAAUGAUGAAAUAACAUUUUUAUAUCAUUUUUUUA